AUGGAGCUGUCCCAGCUCCUCAAUGAGAUCAGGGCAAACUAUGAACAGCUUCUCACCAGAAAUCAGAUAGAGACGGUGCUGUCAACACGGAUGCAGCUAGAGGAAGAUAUCACCAAAAAAAUGGACAAGGAUGGGGAGGCUCUGAAAGCAGCUCAGGCGGAACUCAAGGAGGCCCGCCGCCAGUGCCACCACCUGCAAGUGGAAAUUGAGACUCUCCACGCUGUGGAAAGGGGUCUUGAAAACUCCCUGCAGGCCAGUGAGCAGCAUUACCAGAUGCAGCUGCAAGAUCUGGAGUCGGUGAUUGAUGGCCUAGAGAAGGAGCUGCAGGAAGUGAGGGGUGGCAUCGAGAAGCAGCUUCAGGAACAUGAGAUGCUUCUCAACACGAAGAUGAGGCUGGAGCAGGAAAUUGCCACGUACCGCCGCCUGCUGGAACAGGAGGAGAUCAGAUACUAUGGUUGUAUCCAAGGCGAGAAAAAAGAAGAAAAACCUACUACCAGGAGUAAAGUUGGCUUUCUUCUCCCCUCCGCCAUUAUAAAUGAAAUAUCUUUUUCAACGAAAGUCUCACAAAAGUAUGAGAAUGAAAGUGUGGAGACAAAGACUAAACAGCCAGAAUUAAAUGGAAGUGUGGAGGAGAGUGCAGAGGCUUGCGGCACCAUUCAGACAGAGAAAGUGGAUGAAGUUAUAAAAGAAUGGGAAGGUUCAUUCUUUAAAGAUAACCCCCGAUUGAGGAAAAAGUCUGUUUCUCUUCGAUUUGACCUCCAUUUGGCAGCCACUGAUGAAGGGUGUUUACAGAGCAGGCGGGAGAAUCUGCCAGACAUCGAAGUAAGGCUUAUCAUGCGAAGAUCAUGUAGUAUUCCCUCCAUCAAGCCCCCACCAGCAACCAACUAA